CAGCUGUGCGCUCGCGCGAUAGCGGGGCUUUGACUAACCGAGACGCCGGCGGCUCUGACCAAUACAGCCGACGUGCUACGGAUGGUGAUCCUGCGAAAUUCCGGUAUACAGCGUCUUCCUCGCUACUCCGGGCUUAAUCCUGCCGCUUCUGGCUCGCUGGAUUCGUCUUGGUUCCACACAGCGUUAAUUAGUGAAAUUCUUUUAGAACAUCCGAUUGGUGAUCUAUUUAAGGAGAAUAUUUUAUGGAUCCUGAUCAAGAGUCCAAGAAACCCCAAGGGCUUGAUGGUAAGAAGGCGCCUAUCCCCAGCCCAAGGCACAUCCCUGCAACCAAAAUGACUCCGGUGGAUCAAAGUGGAUCAGUUCUCAGGCAAGUACAUUGGUCCUCACACAGUGACAAGCCAGAUUCACCUCCAAAUCCUGGCCGCCGGACCCCUCAGAACCUUGAAGGGGGGGAUCAGAGACUGGAUCUGCUAGCAGAGGAGGUGGAUUAUCUUCGACAAACCAAUAGAAAGCUGCUGGAAGAUUUGGGGAACCGAGACAAAGAGCUAGAGUUACUGAGACUCGAUACAGAGUUGCAGGAGCAAGCUUCCCAGGCCAGGAUAGCCAAGAAGACAGCAGCCCUGGUGGAAGAAGUGUACCGCGCGCAGCGUGAACGGGAUGAGGCCGUAAUGGCGAGAUUAAGAUUGGCCAACGAAGAACGAGACGAAGCCCUUUUGAGAGUUCAGCACCUCCAGGCGUUCCUAAAGGAGCUGGAAGAUAUUAACCCUGAAGAAGGUGACACGACGCUACAGGAACUGAUUGAAAGAGUGGUGGAAGCAGAAAAUGGCGUGGCUAUUCAGCAAAAUGGAGAACUUAUCCUAGAACGCAUCCGAAAGAUCCGGGAAAGGAGGGAGCUGAUAACUGCAGAAGAAAUGGGAGCUGUCAUCCAGGAGAGGGAUUCGGCUAGAGCUCAGUGCAAGCAUCUGGAAAAGGAGCUUCAUCUGCUCAGAGAGAGUAAACUGAUUUCGGCAGAUACUCCAAAUGCACAGAGGACCUUUGACAAGGCUUCCAAGGCUACGUUGGCUUUUCUCCAGCAUGAUCAAGACAAAGUGAGUGAAGAAUAUAAAAAGCUUGAGGAAGAGCUCCAGACACUCCGAGUGUAUUACAGUUUGCAUCAGUCCUUGUCCCAGGAAGUAAAUCUGAAGGAACAGUUCUCCAGGGCCAUAAAUAUUUAUGAAGGAGCUCUGAGAAAUCGAGAAGAGCUGUUAAGCAUCACCCAGAGGCAGAACCACGAGUUGGGUCUUCAACUGCAACAAGCCCAGAACCAUUGUGCCGAAAUGCAGGAAUCGCUGGAUCAUGCUGUUGCUUGUCAACGGGCAACAGAGGAGAAGGUGCACAAGCUGGAGCGACUGGUGGACGUUCUUCGGAAGAAGGUUGGGGUUGGAAAUGUCCGGACGGUGAUAUGAUUUUAACGACUAGGAUACAAUACUUUUACAUCUGUUGACCUGGCGGUGGGGUCUGUCUGACGUGUAAACAGGACCGCAUAAAGCAGCUGGAAUCCACAAGCAUAAAGAGCUUUGUGAGAAAAGCGAAGGAGAACUUGGAUCGACCCCGCCAAGUCAACAAACCCAGUCGUUAACUAUUCUGUACGCUCUAGCUGAGCCUUCAUUGUGAAUAUGUAUGUGGAAAAUGGUAGGUGAUUAAUUAGAAUUGGCUAUACGGUAUGUGUGCGUAUGUUCAUGUGAAAAGAAAAAAAAUAUAUAUAUAUAGUUUGAAAGUGCGUGGAGAGCAAUCUGAGCAUUCAUUCUAGAAUGCCUUAAGUUAAAGUUUGGAAGUCUGAACUUUUGACCUUUUUAAUCUGCAGAAACGCACCUCUUAUAUCAAACGGAGCUCACAUUCCCGGUAUUUCCAUUGUUGUUGUGGCUUUGAAUAAUCUGGCACAAUUUGGGAAUUCUUGUACUAGGCCACUGUUCUAAAUGGAUAGGGUUUAUUCGCCCCAAAUAGAAGUUUCAACAAGACUUAUGGUCAAUUCUCCAACUCCACCAUGCAUC